AUGGCAGACGAUGAGGUGAUACCACGCAGGAGCCUCGAGUUUGCCGAGAGCUCCGUGCUGGAAGCUGUGGUGCCUGCGAGUUCCGACAUCGACAUCAAGAGCGAGAUCGACUCUUGGGAUGGUGCAGCAGACGACAAUGGUUCCAUAUUGCCGUUCCUAGCACAACGAAAUGUGCUACUUCUCGAUGAACUCCUAGCCGUAUAUGUUGUUUUCCAAACACCGCUGUUAGACGAAGCGACCUUGAAGUCGUACCUUGCAAGACUGGUGAUCAACGUAGAGGCCUUCGCAUUCAGUACGGUUCCCCCAUCUGAUCAAGAUCCAAAAUCUACGCCUCCCAAAGAAGUCAUCUUCUCAGGUACCAUCAAUCACACAGAUGAACCUACGGUUGUCAACCAUGGUGAAGGGGACAGUGCUCAUACCUAUGUUAUCUGGAAGGUGGAUGUUUUCAUAGCUCGCCCACAAGGCAGAUUUCAUAAGCCUGCAGUGUACUUCCAACCCACGGCCUCCUUCAAGCCAGAAGAAAAGCCUCAAAAAGACGCGUCAGAGGAUGACUAUCUCCCAAGUGGCGUGCCCACACCCUUAAACCUGCUGCAGUCAUUCGAGAAUGAUCCCGCUCUUGUCGGUGUCCAUCCACGACUCUCAGCAAUGCGUAUCAGCAAGGUCACUCCAACUGCCCCUGCUGCAAAGGAAAUGGCUCGACCGAUUCGAAACGGACAAAGACCACUAUUUCGUGUGCUGCCGCCUUUGAUAUGGAGGAUACGUUAUUCGAGGAUUCAAGCAUCAAUAAGCGACCUGUCUUUGAUGGCCUCUCUAGAUCUGGAAGUCGCUCAAUUCGCUACCUACGACGUCAGAAUCAAAAAGGUCAGCCUGGCUUUGCAUGGAGGCAAGGUUCAAGAGUUGAACGAAGAGCUGGAUACCACGACGAGCCACAAACCUGGUGAUCAGCUAACGUUUCUGUACAAGAUCCGGCCUGAUAUUGGUACCGAUGGAACACCAGCACUCGGGAGUAAGGGUCACUACUUGACCUUAAAUGUGGACGCCAAUGUUACAAUGUCCGAUCAUUGCCACCCAGACAUUGCUAUUGAGUGGAAGACACCCGUUGACUUUCCGUCAGAACAGGCACUCAACUUGGCCAAGCCUAGUCGGCCGAGUAGUUCUACAACACAGAGCGCGAACGCAGCCAAUCCCGACGCCCUUGUCGCUCAAGAUGCCCAAGAUCAACCCGAACAGGAUGCUUCACACAACGACGUCAAUGUCACUCUGACAGUGUCUGGGCCGCCCAGUGUCAAGGUUGGCGAGAUCUUCACGUGGGAUGUGUUUAUAGUCAACCGCUCGGACAAAACGCGAAGGCUGGCAGUUCUGGUCAUCGCGAAAAGACCGAGAGACUCGGGGAAGCACAAAUCGCAUCCAUCCGUCUCUUCCGUAGGCGGACCUCGAGCGGACAAGAAAGAGUUGUUUGGGACGGCGGUCGUUGACGAAAAUGUCGUGUAUGCUAAGCAAAAGAGUGCGAAGACCGAUACAGCGGACUUGAUCUGCUUGACAACCGACAUACGGCUCGGGCAACUCUCACCCGGCUCCUGCUACACGGCCGACCUCAAGUUUCUUGCGCUUUCAGCAGGAGUAUUGUUCGUGGAAUCGAUACGAGUCGUUGAUCUGGUCAGCAACGAAGCUGUCGAUAUUCAUGAUUUACCAAGUAUUGUUGCUGUAGCCUCCACCAGACACAGACUGCUUUACCAGCUAAACAGCCGCUGGAUUUACGGGAAGAUUCCGCUGCUGCAUUCGAUAGUAUUCCUGCUCCAAAUGGCGGCCGUCAGCAUGCUCACGCGCAAGUACAACCAGUACUAUGCGGCGCGUCCAGUUCUCACCACGAUGAUCACCAACGCCGUGUUGGGUGGUAUCGCGGACACAGUAGCCCAGACGCUCACUGCCGUGCGGGAGCGCGCAGUACGCAAGAAGGGCGGCCCAGGCAAGGACGACUUCCUGGCGAUUGAAAUCCACGAGCUCGACAGACGGAACCCGUUCAACGAGAACGACCUUAUCCCCGACUCGAAGAUACUCCCCCCGCCUUUCGACUUCGAGCGAACCACGAGAUUCAUGUCCUACGGUUUCCUCAUGUCGCCCAUUCAACACAGGUGGUUCGGCUUCCUGUCCAGGACUUUCCCCGUUUCAAAGACUGCGACAUGGUUGCCAGCACUCAAGCGCGUGGCUUUUGAUCAGUUCCUGUUCGCCCCAGCUGGUCUGGCUGCCUUCUUUACCUUCAUGACUGUUGCCGAGGGUGGUGGUAAGCGUGCUGUGCAGCGCAAGUUCCAGGACGUAUACGUGCCUGCGCUCAAGGCCAACUACAUGGUCUGGCCGGCUGUGCAGCUCAUCAACUUCCGAGUCAUGCCCAUUCAAUUCCAGAUUCCAUUUGUAUCUACCGUGGGUAUUGCUUGGACAGCUUACCUCUCUUUGACGAACUCGGCCGACGAAGCCUAA